CCACCAUGUCCACAAUGUUGUAGGGUGAUUCUGUUGUAGCGGAAUGAAAACAUGACAUCCUUGCCCUGCCUCCAACAUCCCUCCUAGACUAUCUACAGUCUAGCCCAUACGCCCACCAUGGCAGCCCGGAUUCAGACACUACGGGAUCGCCAAAUAGCCUCAAUUGAGCGCAUACUGAGCCUGAAUCACGAUGAGCUAUCAGAGGCUGCGAAUGGCGCGACAGACUCCUCGAACCCCUCUCACUCAACCUCUGUUCUGAACGAGAACGGCGAGCCGAUAUGGAAAGUGCUUGUCUUUGACAAUCUUGGACGAGAUGUUAUAAGCAGUGUUCUUAGAGUCAACGAUUUACGGAGCAAAGGUGUCACAAUCCAUUUAAACAUAAACUCUCCUCGUUACCCUAUUCCGGAUGUUCCUGUUCUUUACCUGGUCGAACCUACGGCUGUGAACAUCCAGUUGAUAUGUUCGGACCUCGCACGAGGGCUGUACAGCCCAGCCUACGUAAACUUCCUCUCUUCUGUACCCCGACCACUUCUCGAAGACUUCGCCGCCCAGAUCUCCUCAACAAACACAGCGGAGGCUAUCGCUCAAGUAUAUGAUCAAUACCUCAAUUUCAUUGUCGCAGAGCCCGACUUGUUCAGUUUGGGCAUGGGAAAAGAAUCCUACUGGACAUUCAACAGCGCAAAAGCGGAGGCAGACGUUCAAGAUGCUGCAAUAGACCGAAUAGUGAGCGGACUGUUCAGUGUCAGUGUAACCAUGGGAUCAGUGCCGAUCAUAAGGUGUCCACAGUCGGAGUUGGCAAAGAUGAUAGCGAGCAAGUUAGAUCGGAAGCUCAGAGAUCAUGUUCUCAAUUCCAAGGACAAUCUUUUCUCCUCCAAAGCUGCAGCCAAUGUGUACUCAACACCCUCGCGCCCAGUUCUAGUCAUCCUAGACAGGAAUGUCGAUCUGGUCCCUAUGUUGUCGCAUUCUUGGACAUAUCAGUCGCUGGUACACGAUGUGUUGAAGAUGCAUCUCAACCGCAUAACGGUGGAUGUGGCAGAAGAAGGUACAGUGGCACCGAAAACGAAAGCCUACGACCUGAACGCAAGCGACUUUUUCUGGGCACGAAACGCGAGCGCUCCCUUUCCGCAGGUGGCAGAGGACAUAGACUCGGAGCUCACGAAGUACAAGACGGAUGCCGAGGAAGUCACGAAAAAGACGGGGGUCAACAGCAUUGAAGAUCUGAACGACAGCUCGGCCUCUGCCGCUCAUUUGAAGGCAGCAAUAACCUUGCUGCCGGAGCUGAGAGAGCGAAAGGCUACGCUAGACAUGCAUAUGAACAUCGCAACUGCUCUCCUGAAGGGCAUUAAGGAUCGACAGCUGGAUAAUUUCUUCCAGCUCGAAGAGAACAUCACCAAACAAACAGCAGAACAGAUGCUAGCGCUGAUCAAAUCUGAUGACAAAGGCAACAAUCCACUCGACAAACUAAGAAUCUUCAUUAUCUGGUAUCUCAGCGUCGAUAAAGAACCCACCAAAUCCGAACUCUCGGAAUUUGAGAGCGCCUUGACCGCGGCUGGAGUAGGCGAUGCAGUGGUGGCCAUCAAGCACAUAUCGAACGUCAGACUCGAGACAAGAGGCACCAUGAUGGCCUCUACCGUCACGACAUCUCAACCUUCUCAGGCACCGCUAUUUGGUGGCCUCUCCUCUUUAUCCAAGAACUUCACAGACAAGCUUUCUUCUUCCGCAUUGGGCACCGUCAACCUGGACGCCCUCGUUUCGGGCGUGAAGAACUUCCUCCCUGCAAACAAAGAUCUAACAGUCACCAAGAUUGUCGAAUCCAUUAUGGAUCCUCCGGCCGCUUCAUCGUCUGCGAUCGCUAAAACCGAAAACUACCUGUACUUCGACCCUCGCAGUGCCCACGCCCGAGGCACGACAGGCGGCUCAGCUCCCCCAUCUCGCGGUGGUCAAGGUGCAGGAGGCGUCAAUCCGAGCUUUGGCCAAAGAAGGCAAGGCUACUCGGAGGCUAUCGUGUUUACUGUCGGUGGAGGGAGCAUGGACGAAUACGGCAAUCUUCAGGAGUGGGUGAAGAGAACUUCUGGCCAAAACGCUAGCGGUGGCAGCGUCGGCUCGGCUCCUCGGACGAGAAGAGUCAUCUAUGGCAGCACUGAGCUCGUUAACGGCGAGGACUUUUUGCAGGAACUUGUCAGAUUAGGACAAGAUGGAUAACAUAUGUCGUCUAGGUAGUUCGUGGACAUCUGGAGAUUGCUUACUCGCAGGUCUAGCUACAGAGCGGGAGUGAGAGAAAAAAUGAAAUUCAACAACAACGCUUUGGUUUUAUUGGUUCAUUCAAUCGU